AUGGCCGAUAGCAAAUUUGCUUGGGCUCCCUCAUUUGGGAUGUUAUCUAGUGACAUAGAAGAAGAUGGUGAUGGAUAUCGACCAUACUUUGAGGAAGGUCAUGUUGAUAUAGAAGAAGGUUUUGGAGAUAGUGAAGAAGGAGCAAUUGAUGGUACUCAUAUCCCAUGUGUGGUUAGCCCAAGUGAUCAACCCAAAUUUAUUGGAAAAAAAGGAUAUCCAACACAAAAUAUAAUGGCGGUAUGUGAUUGGGACAUGUGCUUUAUUUUUGCUUUACCUGGAUGGGAAGGCACUGCACAUGAUGCUCGUGUAUUUGAUAAUGCUAUUACAACUCCUACCAUGAAUUUUCCGCAUCCUUCUCCAGGUAAAUAUUAUUUGGUAGAUGCCGGUUAUCCAACACCGAAAGGAUAUAUUGGUCCAUAUAAAUAUACUGAGUUUAAUCAAUAUGAACAUGCAAACAUUCUUGAUGGAGAAGAUAAUAGUUAUGUUGGUGAAAGCUCAGAUCAAACUCUAACCAUUAGCUCUUCUACAGAAAUGGACCGUGUUCGAGAUUCGAUUAGGGAUCAAAUUCUUAAUCACAUGCAGUGA